UAAAAAAUUAACUAAAAUAAUUCCAUGCGGGCAGACACGGGGUUAGCAGGCUGGGUCAGUUCAGAAUCGGGUUGGCAAUGGGAGCCGUGGGCGCUGUGCCCACUCCUGGCCUGUGUCCGCCCCCCUGUGUGGGGGACGCUGAUUGAUGGAAUGUGUCCCUUUCUCCCCGUAGGACCUACCUCCACAGACCCGCAGGCACCCAGCACGGCCCCCCCGCUCUCACGCACCCAGGCCCCGGGCGGCACUGGCACAGCAGGUACCCCGACAGUGACAGCCCCCUCCAGCACCUCUCCUGCAGGCACCACGGUGGUCCUGGCCGCAGCCACCACCAACCCCGCACUCAGCAGCCCGGCUGCCUCACCCGCACUCACCUCCAACAGCACCAGCAACUCCUCAGGUUUGGCCCCCACAACACCCACUCAGCAGCUUACAACAAGCCUCACCAUCCCUACCACCACCACCGCAGCUCCUACGACAACGAAGCAACCAUGUGAUAAAAAAUUUGGGAACGUCAAUGUGACCUACGAGUAUGACAAUAAUAAUAAUAAAACAUUUCAUGCAAAAGUAGAUGUUGAUGGUAAAUUGGAAUGUCAACCAAAUCAGACAUGUGGCAACAAAAGAGUCGAUGGCCUACCGGAAUGCCAAACGAUCAAUGUCAAAAUAUCUGAUGACUCAUGUGCGGAUCCACCUAAAACUUUAGAAUUACAUGUACCACCAGGCCCUGGAAAUUUCAAGUUAGAUGAAUGUGUAGACCCGGAAAACGCCGACACUUCUAUUUGUUUAGAGUGGAACAUAAUUGGAAGAAUGAAGGGUUGUUUGACAAAUAAUAUUAAGUACCGCCAUCAGUGUGGAAAUUUUACUUCGACUAAGAAGAAGUUUGAAAAUGGACCCUUUGAGCCCCACCGUAAUUACACUUGUUCUUCAAAAGUAUUCUAUGGAAACCAUCUCGUUGUUGAAAAAAUCCAGACUAUUGAAACAGAUUUUGGACCUCCAGGCCUGCCUUCAAAUGUUACCUGUGGCUCUGUCGAUGCAACACAUGGAAGGGCUACCUGGGAAUCUCCUCCAAGGGAUUUUCAUAAUUUUACUCUCUGUUACAAUCAGUUGAAUUCAGGUCCCGAAAAUUGCAUCAACCUGAAUAAAAACGAGAGGAAACAUGAUUUGAACAAUUUGAAACCUUAUACACAUUAUAAAGUAUUAGUACGCGCCUUUGUCAUCGGAAAAGUACAGCGGAAUGGACCUGCUGGGACGUGUACAUUAGAAACAGAAGCAGCAGAGCCCAGCAGGGUCCAGGACAUCAAGGUGAAGGCGUUGUCUGACAACAGCCUGGAGGUAACCUGUGUCCCGCCGAUAGAAUUCAAUGGCCCCGACGACGGUGACUACAAAUUGGAUGUCAAAACAGGGGGCGCCCCGGUUACAAGUGACUCUAAGAGAGAGUGCAAAUUCUACGUGACGGAUCUUCACUACUCAACACAGUACACCUUUGAGGUUUACUACCACAAUGGGCAUUAUGGUGGACCACCAAAAAGUGCUUCUGCAUCAACAUCUUAUAAUUCCAAAGCCCUGAUCGCAUUCCUGGUGUUUCUGAUCAUUGUGACAUCCAUCGCCCUGAUGGUCGUUCUCUAUAAAAUCUAUGACCUGCACAAGAGUAGGUCCAGCAAUUUGGAUGAAGAACAGGAACUGGUUGUAAGGGAUGACGAGAAACAGCUGAUGAACGUGGAGCCGAUCCACGCGGACGUGUUGCUGGAAACGUACAAGAGGAAGAUCGCGGAUGAAGGGAGACUCUUCCUGGCCGAAUUUCAGAGCAUCCCCCGGGUCUUCAGCAAGUUCCCCAUCAAGGAGGCUCGGAAGUCCUUCAACCAGAACAAGAACCGCUACGUGGACAUCCUGCCCUAUGACUACAACCGCGUGGAGCUGUCGGAGAUCAACGGAGAUGCAGGGUCCAACUACAUCAACGCCAGCUACAUCGAUGGUUACAAGGAGCCCAGGAAGUACAUCGCUGCACAAGGUCCCAGGGAGGAGACCGUGGAUGAUUUCUGGAGGAUGAUCUGGGAACAGAAAGCCACGGUCAUUGUCAUGGUCACUCGAUGCGAAGAAGGGAACAGGAACAAGUGUGCCGAGUACUGGCCGUCGAUGGAGGAGAGCGCCCGGGAGUACGGAGAUGUCCUUGUGAAGGUCACGGAGUACAAAACCUGCCCGGAUUACAUCAUCCAGAAGUUCACCAUCACCAACGGCCGUAGAUUCACUCGUGACCUGUGUUUGUCCGUGAAACCGUAGGCACAGUACAUCCUGAUCCACCAGGCCUUGGUCGAAUACAACCAGUUUGGAGAAACGGAAGUGAGCCUGUCCGAAUUCCACCCCUACCUGUCGAACAUGAAGAAGAGGGACCCGCCCAGCGAGCCUUCCCCGCUGGAGGCUGAGUUCCAGAGACUCCCGUCGUACCGGAGCUGGAGGACACAGCACGCUGGGAACCGGGAGGAGAACAAGAGCAAAAACAGGGCGUCCUCCGUCAUCCCGUACGACUUCAACAGAGUGCAGCUGAGGCAUGAGCUGGACGUGAGCAAGGAGAGCGAGCACGAGUCGGACGAGUCCUCGGACGAUGACAGCGACACAGAGGACGCGGGCAGAUACAUCAAUGCCUCGUUCGUAAUGAGUUACUGGAAACCUGAAGUGAUGAUUGCGGCUCAAGGGCCCCUCAAGGACACCAUCGGGGACUUCUGGCAGAUGGUCUUCCAGAGGAAAGUCAAAGUCAUCGUCAUGCUGACAGAACUGAAGAACGGAGACCAGGAGGCCUGCGCUCAGUACUGGGGAGAAGGAAAGCAAACAUUCGGAGACGUAGAAGUUCAGGCGAAAGACACCACCGCGUCUUCAGGCUACACCCUCCGUGUGUUCGAGCUGAGACAUUCCAAGAGGAAAGAACCCCGCACUGUGUACCAGUAUCAGUACAGCAGCUGGGGCGUGGACGAGCUCCCCUCGGCGCCCAAGGAAUUAGUCUCCAUGAUCCGGGACCUCAAGCAACAGCUGCCCCGGAGGAAGUCCGCGGAUGGGAGCAAGCACCACAAGAGCGUGCCGGUCCUGGUGCACUGCAGAGAUGGGUCGCAGCAAACAGGACUGUUCUGUGCUCUGUUUAACCUCCUGGAGAGCGCCGAGACGGAAGACGUGAUCGACGUUUUCCAAGUAGUGAAAUCGCUGCGCAAGGCCCGGUUCCCUGCAUCCGGCCUCCCCGAGCAGUACCAGUUCCUCUAUGACGUCAUCGCCAGCACCUAUCCGGCCCAGAACGGACAAGUGAAGAAGAACCCCAACCGAGAAGACAAAAUCCAAUUCGAUAACGAAGUGGACAAACCCAGACCGGAGGCUAAUUGCGUGAGUCCGGUCGGCGCCCCCGACAAGGUCCAGGCAGAAGACAAAGAGCAGGACGACCCCAAGACCAGCAGCAGCCCCGCGGGGACAGACCACGCGGCCAACGGCCCCGAGAGCCCAGCGCUGACCCAGAGCGCGUAGGAGGGGCGCGGACCGGGCGGCGCCAAACCUCACUCACUCCCAAGGCGAUUUCUAUUUUUCUACCAGUAGGAGGACAACGCAGGUGUCCAGUGGAUUCGUGGGAGUGGGGGGCCUUGGACCAGUGUUGGUGGGGAGCUUCGGUUGUGCUACCGCAGGCAAUAUUUAAGACAGUUUUGUACAGUCUCCUGCUUACUUUAAAGUGCUAUCUUUCAGCAAAAAUAACUCCAUGGUCUUAGCGUGUGUGCUGGUGGGUAUGUGGUGGUGUUUCUUGAGGCAGAGAGAGAGGCAAGGGGAUUUCAAGUGCAUCUAUGGGCUGGUGGGAAACCUGGAUGUAUGUCUGUGUUUUUUUUUUUAAAGAAACAAACAAUAUUUUUACCGAAAGUAUUAGCUUAGAGCAUCUAUUUUCUUACAUCCUCAAGUGUGUGCGGGCUGCAAGAAUAACAUGUGUGUUCCUACAAUGACCUGAAGGUGUCCUCGCUGUUCUAUCCACAUAGAUCUUACAGUUUGCUGUUUCUCUUCCAGGAAUAGGCAUAAAAAAAGUGUUUAUAUCUCUCACAGAAAAGUUAACGCAAUUGACGUCCAGAAACUUUCUAUCCCAUAUGUUAGCAGUUGAGCAGUCAGCGCGGUCUCUUUGGCCGGCUCAUCUCACCCAAUUUAAGAAUUUCCGGCAAAACUUUCCUUCCUAUCUUCACAGGGCUGUUUACAUUUUGGCAAGAGGGCGUGUUCUCUGUAUAAGGUUCGACUUUCAUCUCUCGUUUCUUUCAACCCCCCCCCCAAAUGAUACGUGUGUUAACCUCCCAUGGCCGUAUCUGUGGACUGAAACUUUGAUAUGAGUAAUAAUACUGUGGCCCAGGCGUAGUUCCCAUGUUAAAGCGUGUCUGGAUUUCUCAAAUGCUGGCACUGUGGUCAGGUAGUCGUAUCAGUCAAUCAUAAAAUGGAAACCUGGUCUUUUCUCGUCCUUCACAUACUGUUCCAUGUUCGCGAAUGAAUUAUAUAAACAUAUAAAUAAAACAUAGGUGAUGCAGUUAACAUUUAUAGCUCAAUGUACCUGGUGUAAAGGUUUGUGGUGGUGUUUCUUUUUAAGAUCUAUAGUUUAAUCAUUACGUAGGUUCUAGGAAAAAAGGUCGUCUGUAAUGGUAUGUUUCAAAAAAAAUAAUAAAGAAAACUCCUUUGGCUAAA